AUGAUGCCGUCGCAUGUACCCUCCAAAAGUCCAAGCCGAAGUCCAUCAACACUCCCAAGCAUUAGUCCUUCGGGUGCACCAUCCUCAAACCCCAGCAGGGCUCCAUCGGACAUUCCUUCAAUAAUUCCAAGCAGCAGCCCAUCCUCAAACCCCAGCAUGGCGCCGUCACUUGUACCUUCUACAAUUCCAAGCAGAAGCCCAUCUUCUCAGCCUAGCAUUAGCCCGUCGAGCAUGGCUCCAUCGCGCACCCCUUCAGAAAUUCCAAGCAGGAUCCCAAGCCGAAGCCCAUCCAGCAGCCCUAGCCAAACACCAUCUUCAGUACCUUCCUCAUUUCCAUUUCUUCCCGAUUGGAGUUGCGUAAAAUAUGAGAGCUGUCUCAACACUGAUUUAGUGGAUAGCGGUAGCGGUGCAUGUGAGGUGGGGAGAUGGCUGACUUUUACCGAUUGCCUUAACGAUUGCGAAGCAGCUUAUCCAGGGACUUGUUAUGGCAUUGGUUAUUGGACUGGCCUGGAGAGCACGGCCAGUAUUCCAACAACUUGUUGCACUAGGGUUGAUCCUAAUUGUGCAACUGAAGCCAAUGUUAAUCCUGGAACUGGUGGGUAUCCACCCUAUUUCUGCAUCCGAAUUUAA